CUGUGAUGCAGCUGGCACAAGAAAAGCAGAAACUGGCUGUUAUGAGGGCAGAGCUAGCAUUGACCUCCCAUUCACAGCUUCCAUAUGGGUCAGGGCUGAUCUUCUCACCACAGACCAAAGGGCCAAGGAGUGAACUUGUGAAUGGGAUCUGUGUUUCCAAUCACCAUGGGUUCUACAGCAAUUCAGUGAAAAACCCCAGCAUGGACUAUUACCGGCAUACCACAACCCGCCCACCCUUCACAUAUGCUGCCCUGAUUUGUUGGGCCAUCCUAGAAUCUCCCAAGAAACAACUCAACCUGAGUGAAAUUUACCGUUGGUUCAACAAUUUUGGCUACUUCAGACACAACACUCCUACCUGGAAGAAUGCUAUUCGACACAACCUGAGCUUGCACAAAUGCUUUGUGCGAGUGGAGAACGUCAAGGGAGCUGUUUGGACAGUGGAUGAACUUGAGUACCAGAAGAAAAGAAGCCAGCGUUGUGCUACUUAUCCAUACCCAGUUCUGUUCAACCAAGGAGUAGGGGGUUCUGUUGCACCAUUGGAAUCCACUGCCCAGCCAAGAACACGUCUCUCCACCUUUCUGGUUUCCCAGGAGCCCCUGUGAGAUGAGCUGACUCUCUCCCAUCACACACAAAGUCAGCAGUGUUCAAGAUCCUGUUUCCAAGCUAUGGAUGGAGAAGCAUCGAAUUUGGAGGCAGAACAUCUGGAAGCAGAGGCAGCCCGUGGCACGACAAAACCGCGGUCCACUAACGCGCGCCCGAUUAAAGCGCGUACCUGACGUCAUCAGCA